AUGUCAAAUCACGGAUACUACGGCGGUGGCGGUGGUGGCGGCGGCCAGUACGGCGGUGCUCCUCCUCAUCAGCAACAACAGGGAGGAUACGGCCAAAACUAUCAACAGCAGGGCCAGUACAACCAACCCCAAGGCUACGGCCAAGGCGGCUAUCCUCAACAGUCCUAUAACCAGCAGUCGCACCAGCCUCAACAACACUACCAGGGCGGCAACCCCGAUUUCGGCGGCCAGCCCUCCUACCAGGGUGGCGGUGCCACGCUCGUCGGUGGAGGUGGUGCGGCGUGGGCCGCGCACAAGGCUGGAGGUGGCAUGUUGGCGACGCUAGGCGCUGCGGCGGCGGGUGCUGUGGGUGCCAACAUGUUUGAGAACAAGUUCAAGAAGAACAAGAAGCAAAAGAAGGAAAAGAAGUAUGGUCACAGGGGCGGCGGCGGUUCGUCGAGUAGCAGUGACUCUGACUAG